UAUCCACCAUUUCUCUCUUCUUCCUUAGAUCUCAAAGUGAACCCACAUUGGGAACCCAGACUUUGCCAGAAGCAAGAGAGACUGAGGGGGAAAAAAAAACAAAGUGGCAUUGGUUGAAGCAGAUGCCUCACGUGAGAUGAAGAAGAACAAGAGUAGUGUCAAGCUCCAUUUUGCUCAUAUCUGGCUUCUCCUUUCACUCAUUGUCGGUGUUUGUUCAUGCGAGCAGCAGAAUCCCAUUUCAAGCCAAGGAGAUCUCACUGAGAAAGAGGUGUCGUACAUCAAGCAGCGGCAGCUUCUGUAUUACAGGGAUGAGUUUGGUGAUAGAGGGGAGAAUGUCACUGUCGACCCAUCUCUUGUGUUUGAGAACCCCAGGCUCAGAAAUGCUUAUAUAGCUUUACAAGCUUGGAAACAAGCUAUACUCUCCGACCCUUCUAAUCUCACCGGUGACUGGGUUGGAUCUGGUGUUUGUGAUUACAACGGGGUUUUCUGUGCUCCUGCGCCUGAUAACAACAAGAUCAGAACCGUUGCCGGCAUUGAUCUGAACCAUGGUGAUAUUGCUGGCUACUUGCCGGAGGAGCUCGGGUUACUCACUGAUCUUGCAUUGUUUCACAUCAACUCCAAUCGCUUUUGCGGCACUGUUCCCCACAAGUUUAUCAAACUGAAGUUGCUGUUCGAGCUGGAUCUUAGCAACAAUAGGUUUGCUGGUAAGUUCCCUGAAGUGGUUCUCAAGCUGCCUUCACUCAAGUUCUUGGAUCUGAGGUUCAAUGAGUUUGAAGGAACCGUACCCAAGGAACUGUUCGACAAGGACUUGGAUGCCAUUUUCAUCAACCACAAUCGCUUCAGGUUCAACAUCCCAGACAACUUGGGCAACUCCCCUGUUUCUGUUAUUGUCUUGGCUAACAACAGGUUCCAUGGAUGCGUGCCGUCCAGCCUUGGUAACAUGACGGGUCUUGAAGAAAUCAUUCUCAUGAACAAUGGGUUGAGAUCUUGUUUGCCGGACGAAAUCGGUGCGCUUCGAAACUUGACUGUUUUCGAUGUUAGCUUUAACGAACUGAUGGGGCCUUUGCCGGAUAAAAUUGGGCAACUGGUGAGCCUCGAGCAGCUCAAUGUAGCUCAUAAUAUGCUGUCGGGGAAAAUUUCGGCUAGUAUUUGUCAGUUGCCGAAGCUGCAAAACUUCACAUUCUCGUACAAUUUCUUCACUGGAGAGCCGCCGGUUUGCUUGAGCUUGCGAGCUUUCGACGACAGAAGAAAUUGCUUGGCUGCAAGACCUUUGCAAAGAAGCGCGGCUCAAUGUAAGUCUUUCUUGUCUAGGUCAGUGGACUGCAGUUCGUUUAGAUGCGCUCCUUUUGUUCCUUCAUUGCCUCCCCCUCCUCCGCCUUCUCCCCCAGUGGUUUUGCCACUGCCACCUCCUCCACCGCCGCCGCCAAUAUACUCUCCCCCACCACCGGUUUACUCUCCACCUCCGCCUCCACCAUCACCUCCCCCGCCCUCACCACCACCACCUACUUAUCCAUCACCCCCACCACCAUCACCUCCCCCGCCCUCACCUCUGCCGCCUACUUAUCCAUCACCAUCACCACCGCCACCUUCAAUCCCACCACCUACGCCUAUAUAUUGUGUGAGGUCCCCACCUCCGCCUCCACCAAAUUCACCACCACCACCUCCAUUGUUUUCCCCGCUGCCGCCUGUUCAUUACUACUAUAGUUCCCCUCCCCCACCACUUUAUUCACCUCCCCCUCCACCUCCGCAUUCACCACCACCGCCAGUUUAUCCAUACUUAUCGCCGCCACCUCCGCCUAUUUAUUCCCCGCCUCCUCCGGUUCACUCCCCACCACCACCUUCACCUCCACCAUGUAUAGAACCACCUCCACCUCCACCUCCACCCCCACCAUGUGUAGAGUACUCGCCGCCACCACCAUCGCCAACUCCCCCAGUUCAUUACAAGCCGCCUCCGUCACCUUCACCACAUCCACCCGUUGUAACAUAUUCCUCCCCACCACCCCCAGUUCAUUACCAUUCACCUCCACCACCACCGCCAAUUAUUUAUGAAAGCCCGCCACCUCCGGCUCCUGUGUACGAGGGGCCAUUGCCACCGGUAAUUGGAGUAUCAUACGCUUCACCUCCUCCACCGCCUUUCUAUUGAUUCUUUUGAGAAUUUCUCUUAACCUUCUACGCAAACCACAAAAAGAAAGUUCACAAAAUUGUAUUUGGCUAUCAUCAAAAUUUCUCAUUUCUCCUUCUUUGCACUUCAUCAUGACCAAAACAACUCUUCUUUUUCCUUGGGGAGCAAUUCUCAUCGCUCAUUGAAGGAACUCCUGCAAAAAAGGUCUACCAUUUUGGAAAACGAAAGAGUUGACAUCUUGAAUGCAUGCUAUUCGAAGGUGGUGGAAAGAAGAUUGAAAGAGGAGAAUUCUAUAUUCAGUUGAAAUUCUUAUGGAUAUUUGGAGUUGUUGAAUAAAAAUGGCAGAGAAAAAGAGAUAGGUUGUAGAAAAUGUGGUAUGUAUAGAGAUGAAUUUGAGAACCAUAGUUUUCCAGGCUUACAAAGGCUGCAGCCGAUGCUUCUGCUGCUAGUUUGUGGUUUUUUUACUGUUAUUAUUCUCUUCUCUUCCCCUUUUUCUGUUCUAUAUCAUACUUUUGUUUUUGUUUUGCUAUAA